UGUCACCUCUAUUGCAACUCAACAAACAAAACCGCUUAAAUCGGCCGGCUUUUUAGCAUUUUCUUUGCCAAACAACACAACACAACUCAGGAAACGAAAUGCCGAAAUCAAAACCAAAAAAGAAUGAAUCUACCUCAGACAGUGAUUCGGGACCAGAUGAUCGUGCCCCGCCACCAAAAAAAUCCAAAGAUACCGGUGGUGGUGCGGAUAAGAACAAAAGUGGCGGCAACAAUAAUCAAUGGGUUCUGGAGAAACAGCGCCAGGUACGCAUCAAUGAAUUCCGUGGCAAAAAACUGAUUGACAUUCGUGAAUACUAUGAAAAGAAUGGAGAAAUACUGCCGGGCAAAAAGGGCAUAUCACUAUCGGUGAGCCAGUGGAAGAAACUACUCGAAUAUGCUGAUGAAAUUAAUGCAGCUAUCGAAGAUUAGUUUUUUUAUGUUGCCAUUAUUAUAUCCACUACUGUACUGUUAAGAAGUAUAUCAAGGUAUAUAUUUAUAUUAUAUACCUUGGAGUAUGCUUUGAAUCAUACAUUCGUUAUUUUCUACUUUUUUAUUUGUUUAGUUUUCAAUAAAAUUAAAAUGAAAUAAU